AUGGACCAAUUUGAACGACUGCGUCCAGUCGGUCGACUGGAACAAUAUUCAACAGCGCGGCAUCAAGUGGGAUUCUAUCUGAACGUGGCAGUAUCAGCAACAUACAGCCUCCCAGAUUCUUUUACAUCCCCUAUCAAGGAUUACGUGUAUCAAGCAUGUGAAGCUGCAAUUACAGAACAUCCGUCACUCUCCGCCAUCGUGGCUGAUGAUCACACUCAAGACCCGUACUUUGUACGACUGCCCCAGAUUGACCUAGAUCAUGUUGUGUCUUUUCAGGACCGGCAACUAGGUUUGCUCGGUACAGACGCUAAUGGUGAACCAACCCCUGAUUUGGACCUGCAAGCCCUUCUGGCAACGCAGCACAACCUCCCUUUCGAGGCGCCGAAUCCGUUGUGGAGAUUGUGUAUUCUCCAAGAUACCGAAAAUCAACAGCACUUCACUGCUGCCUUUGUAUAUCAUCACGCCAUUGGCGAUGGAACUUCUGGGAAAGCAUUCCAUCAAACUCUUCUGCGAGCCUUGAGCACCGUUCCAUCAGGGGAUCCGAAAACGGUUAUCCUGCCACCGCAGAGUCCUCUACUGCCCAGUAUUGAGACAAUUCACUCGAUGAAUCUCUCCAUGUGGUAUCUCACCAAGAAGCUCUUCCAGGCGAAGAUUUACUCGCGAAGAGACGAGGCAUUAUGGACAGGCGCCAAGAUCCGCAAACCAACUCAGACACGGCUGAGACUGGUUCCGUUCUCUGAAUCUAUAGUGACGGUACUGAGGGAUUUCUGUCGUCAGGAAAAUACCACUAUCACUGCAUUCCUGCAGACACUCGUUGCCCGCUCCCUCUUCGCGCAUCUUCCAGUUGAAUCCUCAAAGCUGAAUUGCAGCGGGGCAUUAUCUUGUCGGCGCUGGUUACUGAAUUCCAUAACUGAUGACUGCAUGGGCGUCUGGGUUCAGGAUUACGAGGAACAAUACACCCGCGAUGCAACGAUCUCUUCCUCGGACAAUACAUUCCCGUGGGCUGAAGCCCGACGAUCUCGGAAGACGAUCAGUUCAGUUUUGAAGAUGAAAGGCAAAGAUGCGAGUAUUAAUCUGCUUCAAUUCGUUGAUAAUUUCCAGCAGGAAUUGUGCUUGUCUAGAAUUGGCUUGGAACGCGAUAAGUCUUUCGAGGUUUCGAAUCUUGGGGUUGUUCCCACACAGACAGAUCCUGAUAUCCCUGCUAUUAGGGGUAUGGUAUUCUCUCAAUGUGCUAGUGUCAUGGGUAAUGCGCUUCAAGUUUCUGUUGUUACUGGUGGUGAUGGGUGCUUGGUGCUUGCUGUUUCUUGGCAGGAGGGUGUUGUUGAGGUGGAUCUUGUGAAUGCCUUCAUUGAGUCUAUCAGAGAUGAGAUAUAUCACCUGACGGGGCGAUCCUGA